GGAGCAUGUCGGCAAAGUUGGGGUUAUCGUGCAACGGACGAUCGGCCGCUGUACACGACCCAGCUCGGAAAGGACAAACGCCGCCUUGCUUCCCCUCCGCUGGAAGCACGCACUUCGCGUCUUCGACAAUAUCAGGGGUACCUUCGUCCGACCCUUGCGGCCAGGAUUUGGCCACGAUCUGCACGCGUACCCUCGGCGCGCAAAAGGUCGCAUCUGAGACCGACAGCCGACGUGGAGUCGUGGACAUCCUCGGACACAUCCUAUACGCAGAGCAUGCACUCGUUACGUCCCCGAGCAUGGAUGGGGUUGUUCCAAGGUUGUUCAAGUGAAGAACCCUCCCGGCUCCGCCGGACGCGUGCAGUCCGUAGUUCAUCAAACGUGCUGCAAGUUCGCGCUCGCAAGGGCUUGGCUGACGCGUUCAAGGGACGUACGAACGAGGAGUUGGCGUUACUCACUCGUUCUUGACUCCGCAAUCAGAUUCUGACAGAGCUUGGGAGAGCACGCUGGUGCGCGAAGAUGCGCCUCGAGGAGGGACGACACACUAGGGUGAUCGUCGGCUUCAAUCCGCGUGCGCUGCGCAGUCUAACAAAAGGACACGAGCUUCCAUCGGUUGCCGAGCAAACUGCUGGGGUAGCUCUUCCAGGCGUCAGGGAUGCCGUUGGUCGUUUCGCCGUCGCGACAUUCUGGGGUGCGUGAAGAGCAGAGCUAGAGCUUCUU